AUGAGUUUGGAACCAAAAUCAGAUUUGAUGAAGAAAAAUUAUGUCAUUUCUAAGUCGGGAAUCUAUGAGCAGCAUCAAGGGUUAGAUGCAAUUUUAGAGGAGGUGAACAAGAACUUAAAAACUUUAAUACCUCCUGUUCCGCAAUAUCAUCACUGGAUAAUCGCUGCACUAUUUAGCUUAGAAAUAACUUUACUCAAAAUAAUUGGAUAUAAUGAUUAUCAAACAAUCGGACCAAGAACGCCAUGGAAUGCCAAAGAUUUCGAACCUAUUUACGAAGCCUUGAAUUUGCCGAUACAAGAAGAAGCGAAGGCUCAGGAAAGUGAAGAAAAUAUGACUAAGUCGGAAAUUUUACUAAUGAUAGAAACCCUACUUGAACAGCUUGGUGAAAAUACUCAGAAGAAAUAUUCUGGAAUCAAGUCAAAAAAGCGAAGCGAAUUGUUAUGUAUAUUACAAGAGAUAAAGCGUACAUUUAAUUCAGGUAAUGAAAUUAUUAACGAAGAUUGUUUAAAAUGA